GGAAUCCCCAACACGAGGAAGCAGAGAGGAUAGAAUCAGAGUCGCCAUUUCUUGUCCCGUUACCGGUCCUUUGCAGCGAGCCACCCCUCUGCUGCCUCCAUAAUGGAACCUUCCUCUGAGACCGGCAUGGACCCCCCCCUCAGCCAGGAGACAUUCGAGGAUCUGUGGAGUCUGUUGCCUGACCCCCUGCAGACUGUCACGUGUCGGCUGGACAACCUAUCGGAGUUUCCAGACUAUCCCCUGGCAGCAGACAUGACGGUCCUACAGGAGGGGCUUAUGGGUAAUGCUGUUCCCACCGUCACUUCAUGUGCUGUCCCCUCAACUGACGAUUAUGCUGGGAAGUAUGGGCUCCAACUGGACUUCCAACAGAACGGCACCGCAAAGUCUGUUACCUGCACGUAUUCCCCAGAGCUCAACAAACUCUUCUGCCAGUUGGCCAAGACUUGCCCUUUGCUGGUGCGUGUGGAGAGCCCCCCGCCUCGCGGCUCCAUUCUCCGGGCUACGGCCGUCUACAAGAAAUCUGAGCAUGUGGCCGAGGUGGUGAAGAGAUGCCCCCACCAUGAGCGCAGUGUGGAGCCAGGGGAGGAUGCUGCGCCUCCCAGUCACCUGAUGCGAGUGGAGGGAAAUCUCCAGGCUUCUUAUAUGGAGGAUGUAAAUAGCGGGCGCCAUAGUGUCUGUGUUCCCUAUGAGGGGCCUCAGGUUGGAACGGAAUGUACAACAGUUCUGUACAAUUAUAUGUGUAACAGCUCCUGUAUGGGAGGGAUGAAUCGCCGGCCCAUUCUCACCAUCAUCACCCUCGAGACCCCAGAGGGGCUACUUCUUGGCCGCCGCUGUUUUGAGGUUCGAGUGUGUGCCUGCCCAGGGAGGGAUCGUCGCACAGAGGAAGACAAUUACACAAAAAAGAGGGGCCUGAAACCCAGCGGCAAGAGAGAACUUGCUCACCCACCAUCCAGUGAACCACCACUUCCUAAGAAGCGUCUUGUUGUUGAUGAUGAUGAAGAAAUCUUCACUUUGCGGAUUAAGGGGCGCAGCCGCUAUGAGAUGAUUAAGAAACUGAAUGACGCACUUGAAUUACAAGAAAGCCUCGAUCAGCAGAAAGUGACCAUUAAGUGCCGCAAGUGCCGGGAUGAAAUCAAACCCAAGAAAGGAAAGAAGCUGCUGGUUAAAGAUGAACAGCCCGACUCGGAAUGAGGACCCCCGAAUGAAUGUAACGAACAGUUAGGGGGGAUAUCGGUGGCCGGUUCUCCGAUCGUUUUGUUUUCUUUAAACUGCCUCCCUCCUUUUAGUUAGUUUAGAGGUUCAGUAUUGCCUGUUUCAUGUAGCACCCAAUAUGUUUAUCCAGUUAGUCAUUAUGGGUUGGAGGCUCCAUUACACCCUUUAUGGGUUCACUGUAAGAUAUGGGGGUACACGCUCUCCCCCUAUAAUGUAUUUAAGGGAAACAAAUGUCAUAUCAGAUUGUUGUACAAUUAAAGGCACAUGAACCCUGUCUGAGCAGAAACAAAGCAAUAGGGCCCCCGACCCACCGUGUCUCUGGUUCCAGUGCAUUAUGGGAAGCCUGUACUUUAUGGACUGGUACCCAGUCACUGUGUGGGUGGGGCUUGUCUCUUCCUCAGGGAAAGUCAAACCCUCUACGCCUGCCCCUCCUGAGGCGGAGCUAAUGCAGUGGGGGAGGGGCUUCGAUUCAAUUCCACUGGCCAAGGAGCUGAUUAUGGGACGGUGAGAAGGAGGUAGGUGGGAAACCGGCUCUUACUGGGCUUCAGUCCCAUAGUGCAUCUGUGUGUGGGACAACCAGUUAUUUAUUUGGGCUACUGCAGGCUUUUUAUUAUGUGACCCUAUUUGUGAGGAUAUGAAUGAGCCCUGCUGUGGCCAGUUUGGGAGGGGUAAUAGUGCCCUCCAGCCAUACACUGGGUGAGCCAUACACAGAAUGAGUUGGUCGCUCCCUGUAUGUGGGGGGGGGGGCAGUUGUAUUUCCCUCCUCCAACACCAACACGGGUUAUGCACAUUGUAAAUUCUCAAUCAGGUUCCAGAUAAAAUUCUCUGAUCAUUCUUCAACUGCUGGGGCUCCCCCAAAUCUGCCCCUGUCUCCCCCAAUACUUCCUUUGUACUAACACUCACUGCCAUCCAAAUUUUGUAUUUUUCUUUUUUUAAUAAAAAUUCUAUUAAUCUAU